AGCAAUUUUAAUAGCUGGUAUAAAGUCAUUUUGACCAAGAGGCCGAGCAGGUACCCAUCACUCCACUCACCUGCACCAAGAUGUUGAACCGAUGGCGCUCUUUGCUCUACAGGAACCAUUCUUCCAAAACACUGCUGUCUGGGAAAUGGGGUGAUUCUAGAGGUGCUUUAUGUCCACAAGGUUUUGAACCUCGAGCAGCCUUUUCAACAUCUAUCCAUGGUUUUGCUGCUACAGGAAAUUCCAGUGCCAAUGCUCGUGUGUUCGCCCCUUAUACAAUAUACAAGGGAAAAGCUGCACUCUCCGUUUCUCCUCUUCUUCCGACUUUCAGUAAGAUAGAUUCUGCCAACGGCGGCCUUAGAGUUGAUCGACGUGGUUCGAUGAUGUUGACCUUCUUACCUGCUAUUGGUGAGCGCAAGUAUGAUUGGGAGAAGAGACAGAAAUUUGCUUUGUCGCCGACGGAAGUUGGAUCUUUGAUAAGCAUGGGUGCUCAUGAUGCCUCUGAAUUCUACCAUGACCCUGCAAUGAAAUCUAGCAAUGCUGGUCAAGUAAGCAAGAAGUUAUUUAUUAAAGCACUUGAUGGUGGUAAUGGCUACAUGGUUUCUUUGACUGUCACCAACAACAUUCUGAAAUCAAUUGAGCGCAUUAAUGUACCUGUUACAACAGCUGAAUUUGCUGUCUUGAAGACAGCAUGCAGUUUUGCAUUGCCCCACAUCAUCGGAUGGGAUCGGUUGACGAAUCAGUCGCAUAAAUUCAUUGAGGGGAGUCCUCCAAAGGUGAACCCAAAGCAGCAUCUUGAUUUGGAGUGGGAUAGAUGAAGUUCAAGUAUAAACUAUAUAAAAGGUAUUUGGCACUGUUUUCACAUAGCAUGCGGAUAAGGACAUGCUGGACUAGAUUAUGGUUUUCUCAGUUAGAACCUGUGUAGUAUUUGAUCUUGCUUGCGGUGAUGGGGCAGUGAUAUCUGUUAUGUUUAAACAUGAACUAGAUUUGGCAUAUGUAUGCAUCUUGUUACAACAAGCAUGGACCGACUUGUGUAGUUUCGAUUUUAUUAGUAUUGUUCCUUCUUU